AUGGUACCCAAUAUUGCUAUUGCACUAGCCGCGUUUUCUGUUGUUUCGUCAGCAGCAACAACUAUCGACAGGAGAGUAAUAGGCGGAGAGGAUGCUAAGGACGGUGAGUUUCCAUUCAUCGUCAGUCUUAGCGGAAGAGGAGGUCAAUGUAGUGGCAGUUUGCUGGACAGCACUACGGUUCUUACUGCUGCUCAUUGCCUUGAAGGCAGAUUCACCUCUAAUAGACGGAUGGGUGGAGUAAUUGCAGAUAUUGCAUCCGCCAAGGAGCACCCGAGUUACAUCAAGGGGCAUGGUGUUCAUGACAUUGCCAUCUUGAAAUUAUCAACUCCGAUUGAGAGGAACGACACAAUUGGGAUUGGCUAUGCAGUUCUGCCUGAAAACGGCUCGGAUCCCGCACCAAAUUCCAUGGCAAUAACCGCAGGGUGGGGCGUCCAAGGCAACGGAAAUCCAGGUUAUAACCACGUGGUUAACAAACUUGCCAAGGUUGUAAUUCCUGUUCGUGAGCGCGAGAAAUGUAGGUUGCAAUUUAAUCCACCCGAGGCUCAUCCAGACACAAUAUGCGCCGGUGUAAAUGGCAAGGAUGCAUGCCAUGGGGAUAGCGGCGGUCCUCUCAUCGACCAGGAGACGGGACAGUUAAUCGGUCUCGUCUCACGGGGCCAAUGCACCAACCCUCCCACGGUGUAUACUAGGGUCGGCAGCUACAUCCCUUGGAUUGAAGAUCAUCUUGGGGGGGUUGGCUCUGGUCCUAUCCCUAUUUCUACAACAAGUUCCGUGUUGCCCAAGGGCACGCCUACCGCCGGCCAGAAGCGCCCUUGGAUAGAACUUGUUAAUUAUGGCAUUGUCGCCAGCUGUGGCUUCACGGAAAACAGAGAAGAGGAAUGUGGGACUGAGAUUUACUGCGGUUUGUUCGACUGGUCGCCUUCACACGACGGCGCCUUCAAGAACUCCAAGGAGUGCCUCGACGCCCAUGUGCCUAAGCCCAAGGCAGCCAGGGCAUCGAUUCCCCGCCAGUAA